UCUCCUACACAUAAUACUCUUUCUCUUUUUAAGUUUUUGAAUUAUAAUUCUACAAUAUUCAAUUUGAUGCAAUAUUUUGGGUUAUUUUUGAGUUAAUUAUAUCUUUAGAAGGUAAUGACUUGUUACUAUCUACACUAUAUGUUUGUAUAAGAUUUCGGGAAGGAAAAGAAGGGGAGGGAAGAGAAGAUUGAUGUGUAUUCAUCCAAAAUUUUCCAAUGUUGGACGGAUUUAUUUUGUUUAAAAUGUGGAGGAGUUUCUCCGUCCAAUUCCCGUCCCUCCAUUUCAUUCCCUUCCUCCAUUGGUCCAAAUGAAGGAAAUGUAAUCUCUUUUUUUCCCUUCUCUUUCUUUCUCUCCAUUUCCUUAUACCCAAACAUAGUGUUAGUGUCCUUUGGUUGAUUGGUUGUUGCAUAUUUUCAUUGGAAUAUUUUAUUUAAAAUCUUCCAUUUCAUUCUCAUUGUUCAAGUGGUUAUAUGUUUAGUUUAUUAAUGAAUUUGAUAUACAUAGCUCUUACGGCCAGUUUGGUUAAUGGUACUAAUUGAUGGUAAUGGAAAUGAUUUAUAGUGUAAAUUUUCAUGAUACGCGUCAUGUCAUUACUUUGGUAAUGAAAGUUUGAUCAUUUAAAAAAUUGUUCACAAUUUUUCAUUACCACCUAAUACGACAUGUUCAAGAGGUAAUGCAUUAGAAUAAAUAUUGUAAAGAAAAUGAGAUUUUUGAAAGAGAAUAAGUAUGGUUAUUAAGUUUGCCAAGAGAUAUUCUUACCAAAAUUACACUAACAUUUCAUUAUCAUUCCCACAAUUUAGUACCGAUUAUCAAACGGGCCGUUAAGGUUAUGUAGUAGCAUUUAAUGCAUUAUCUAAAAUGAUAUCCUUAAUAUUAAUCGGUGUCGAAUAUUUUUCCUUUGGUCUGCUGAAUUUUCACCAUCGUUGGCAUUACUCGAUUUCUUUGCCUGCAAUAGUUGCAGGAGAUUCACUUGUACAUCUUUCUUCUCCCGUUCUCUGUGCUUGCUGCUUCACACUUGGGAGAAUAAAUCAAAAAAUGCGGCAACAACAAAGCGAUGAAACUCCGAUGGUUUGGGAAAUGCUUCUCUAUAUCUACAUCCUCUUUUCACCUGAUUGGCACUACCGAAGCACAAUGCCGACCUUCCUCUUCCUAUACGGCGUAAUCUUUGCUGUUAUACAUUCUCUAUUCCAUCUUGGUAUCAGCUUUAAACUUCAUUAUACAGCAUUCUGCCUCCUUUGCUUCCCUCGGGUUUACAAGUACUACAUCCACACCGAGGAUCUUGCAGCCAAACGCCUUGCAAAGCUUUACGUGGCCACCCUAUUCCUUGCGAGUCUGUGUUGGCUUUUUGACCGUCUUUUUUGCGAACAGAUAUCCGGUUGGCUGUUCAACCCACAGGGACACGCCUUGUGGCACAUCUUGAUGGGUUUUAACUCCUACAUCGCAAAUGCGUUUCUGAUGUUUUGUCGUGCUCAACAACGAGGAUGGGCUCCACAAAUUGUUCGUUUCAUGGGCUUUCUCCCUUAUGUGAAGAUAAAUAAACUUAAAUCCCAAUGAUUUGAGACUUACUCACAGCUGGUGUGUUAUACGCUAUUUCCGGGGACUAAUCCGACUACGGAUGGCAACGAAGUCGAUCUUUUUCUACCCGAUGAUCGAACAGCCAAUGCAACUACAUACCAUUAACCAUACAUACUACAAGUCCACAAUAGGUAUAAACGGAAAUUUUUUACCAGCAAACAUUUCAGAUUGUUUUGAUACCGUAUUAGGGUAUAGACGACUCUAGAUUUCGCAGAACGUUAUGGUAGUUUCUCGUUAGAAGCUUAGUUUCAGAUCUGGAACCGCGUAUUAAGUUUAUAUUUUUUUUAUUUGAUUAAAAGUUCAGGUUUUUGAUUCAUUUACCUGCUAACUGUUACUCUGUUACACAAGUUGAAGUUCUUGCAGUUUUUCUAGAAUUUGGUAGUUUAUCUCUCAUAUGGAUGUUAAUCUUUUCAUUUAUGUACUUUUUAUCCUUGCUCUCCAUCCUAGUAAACGUAAAUUUGAAACAAAUAAGUAAUUUUAAAAAAAAAUAAAAAAUUAAGCUUCAGGUAAACUUAAUUUCAAAAAUAAGCGUUUUCA